ACACAUCACUAAUUCUCUCAUUUGUACCACAACUUGUAAACCGCAUCAAAACUUAUAUUACUACUUUUGUUAGUGUCUGUUAAUUGUUUGUAAAUAUGGCAAAUUUUGUUAAUUUAGAAGUGUUUUCCAACUACCAGAAGUACAUCGACAAUGAACAGGAAAUUCGUGAGAAUAUCAGAGUAAAAGUGCGAGAAAUCGAGCAUUUGGCCAAAGAAGCUACAAUCCAACUUCAAGUGAUUCAUUCAGAUUUAACAAAGAUUGAUAGUGCAUGCCAAGCGGCGCGUAAACAGAUAGCAUUAUGUGCCGAUGUCUACAAACAAUUGUCAGAGCUCAUUCCCGCCGGGCAGUAUUACCGUUACUCAGAUCACUGGACAUACAUAACACAGCGUCUGGUCUUUUUAAUUGCAAUGGUUAUAUAUUUAGAGGCCGGUUUUCUGGUAAAACGUGAGACCGUAGCUGAAAUGUUGGGCUUGCAAGUUAGUCACACACAAGGCUUUCAUCUGGACAUAGAAGACUAUUUAAUGGGUAUUCUACAAAUGGCUUCUGAACUAUCACGCUUUGCCACCAACUCAGUAACCAUGGGAGAUUAUGAUCGUCCCUUGAAUAUUUCACAUUUCAUGGCAAAUUUAAAUUCUGGCUUUCGUCUACUAAAUCUAAAAAAUGAUGGUUUGCGCAAGCGUUUUGAUGCCUUAAAAUAUGACGUGAAAAAAAUCGAAGAAGUUGUUUAUGAUAUCAGUAUACGUGGAUUGCGCAACGAAACGGCACAAUCAACAGUAGAAGAUGUAGCAGAAACCAACUAAUAUGUUUAAGGCGUACAUUUAUAAUUGCUACUUAAUUUAAUUUAUGCUGAUAAUUAAUUGGACUAAAACAAAAAUAAAUAAAAAUGUGACUAUUUGCAGUGCAAGAGAA